GCUGAUCUACGCACUGGAUGGUGGUAUAACUAGCACGAAUGCCAUCGUCUUACGUCCACCAAGUUCGCCUCUCACCCACGCCUAUUCUCUAUCAAUAUGACCGUAGUCCUAAAUGAUCCCACUUGGUGGUCGGCCAUCAAUGCAUAUAGUUUCGCCAGCUAUUUUAUAGUUGCCGCCUGUGUUGUAGUGGCGUAUGAUUGGGCACUUACAUUCGGACAAGAGGUGGAACUGAUCUGGAGACAGCGCUGGUCCGUAAUGACAGUCAUGUAUCUCGGUGUGCGUUACCUUGGAAUCUUAUACGUUACCGUGACCACCUUGGCCAGUGUUCCGACUAUCUCAUUGACAGAUACGGUGAAUGUGAGUCUAUUUGGAAUGUGUGCUACCCGAGGCCGAUCGCUGGCCGGAUUCGUCAGGCGGGAUUAUCUAUAUCGUAUGGAAUUGGACUGGUAUUGUGAUAUUUGCGAUGCUGUGGGUCAUCAUCAUCACUCGGUUGCAUGCUAUGUAUCAAUCCAGAAAGAUCCUGAUAUUUCUCAUUGUCACCUUCCUGGCUGUCAACAUUUUAACGGAGUAGUCACUAUAAUGGCAUCGAUGCAUACUUCAGGGGAGGAACUCAUUCUCUCUGGCACUUAUCAGUGCCAGAUGAAAUAUGCAGAACAUGUGAUAUUUCUACUUUCCAUUUGUUGGAUACUUGCAACUGUGUGGGAGGUCCUCACACUAAGUCUCGCAGUCUGGAUUGCGGUAAAACACUUCCGUGAACUGCGACAACAUUCGGCAGGAGGGAUUAUCGGGGACUGUUUUACGGUGUUAAUGAAAACCCACGUGGUUUACUUUGCGAGGUAAACUCAUUGUGAUUAUUGUUCCUUCCUUUCACUGAAGAGUCGGGUGUGGUAGCUUUGUUGCUGUUUCUUACUUCGAGAUUAAAGUUUUUUUCUCUUCAACAUCAUUGGUGUGUUAUUCUUUCACUUGCAUAUGUGCACUACCACA